UUUGACAGCUCGGCAUCGUCCCGCUAAUGGUUUAUAAAAUGCAAUGGGAAAUGUUACUGCCACUGUCAGAAAUAAACUACAUUAUCUAACCAACAUCUUUAGAGACUGGGGCGACUUUUUAGCGGACUGUCGAGGAAUGCUAACCCGAGGAAAAGGCUCUUUUGGCUAGUUUACCUAGUAACUGCAGCGGUUCUUCUCCGGCUAACUGAUUAGCUCCCCCGGCUAACGAAAGUUGCUCCAUGGCGAUCUAUGGGUUGAACAUGACCAUAUAUAGACCGGCCACAGAGCUCCCUCGCCGGUGAAAUGUAAACGGUGACUCGCUCAGGAGGCCGACAAAGGGCAAGCAAAAACAAAACUCAACCUGAAGUUAAUAAAAGACACCCAGCUUGCUAGCUUCACCAUGUCAUCUGACCAGAUUAUUGCCAUCGUCAUGGAUGACAAAAUCUACGAGGUGAAUAAGAAGAAGCUGAUAGAGAAGAGCGACUAUUUCCGUGCGCUGUACAGCUCAGGUAUGAGGGAGUCCACGGAGGACUCGGUGCAGCUGCAGGGGCUCAGCGUCCCCGGGCUAGAGCUGGUCCUGGAGUUCAUCAACACCUCUAAAGUUCAGGUUGUCAAUGAGACUCUGGAGGACCUGAUUGAGACCGCCUCCUUCUUACAGGUCACCUCCAUCCUGAAGCUCCUGACCUCGGAGAUCCGGCUUGACAACUGCGUGGAGCUGUACAGCCUCUCUGAGGUUUAUGGGACUCAUGAUCUGCGUAAUGCUUGCCUCAAAUACAUGACCUGCUACUAUCAUCCCAUGCUGAGGCGGCCUGAGUUCAGCAGCCUCCCCUCUGCUGUUCGAGACCAGGUCAGGGAGAUGCGCAUGAAAGGCACCGCCACCCUGGUAGCCAUCGGAGACUUCACCUGUCUGUCCUUGGACGUGCCUGAUCAGGAUGAACCCUGGUCCAUGCUGAGGUACGGAGAGGUGGAGCAGCGCUGGAAACCACUGGCAAACAACCUGCCUCCAGAUAUGAUCAACGUCAGAGGAUACGGCUCAGCUGUCCUUGACAACUACCUGUUCAUAGUUGGUGGUUACAGGAUGACGAGUCAGGAGAUCUCUGCGGUGCACUGCUACAACCCCUGCAGGAACGAGUGGAACCAGGUGGCUCCGCUCAACCAGAAAAGGUCCAACUUCAAGCUGCUGGCGGUACAAGGGAAGCUGUACGCAGUAGGCGGCCAGUGUCUGGGCACGGUGGAGUGUUACAGCCCGGAGCAGGACUGGUGGACCUGUGUGUCCUCGAUGCCCGACCCGCUGGCUGAGUUUUCCGCCUGUGAAUGCCAGGGAAUGAUCUACGUCAUGGGUGGAUACACUGCAAGAGAUAGAAACACAAACGUCCUCUGCUACUGCCCCACCUCUGACACCUGGACGGUGUUUCGCUCCUGUUCAGCCCACAUCCGCAAGCAGCAGAUGCUCUCAGUGGAGGACACCAUCUACCUGGUGGGCGGCUACACCCACGAGCUGGAGGCGGGCCGGAGGCAGCGACGCCCCAGCCAGACGGAGGACGUACUGACUGUGCAGUCCUACAACGUCACCACGGGGGAGUGGAUCCAGCUGAAGGAGAACACGUCCAAGUCGGGCCUGAACCUGACGUGCACGCUGCACAACGACGGCAUCUACAUCAUGAGCCGGGACGUCAGCCUGCCCACCAGCCUGGAGCACCGCGUCUUUCUGAAAUACAACAUCUUCUCCGACGCCUGGGAGGCCUUCAGGCGCUUCCCGGCUCUGGGACAGAACAUGCUGCUGUGUUCGCUUUACCUCCCCAACAUGCUAUGACUCACAGGGCUGAUGGGAAACACUUGAGUGAACACUAACAGAUAGAGGAGCCUGUGCAGCAUUAAUAUUGGCCAGUGUGUGGCUUGCUUGUUCUUGCACAGAUUGCAGCUCUGUGGCAUUAGUGGGAACAGCGUGCGGUUGCCAGGUUGAACCCCUCGUGACCUCUGUGCCUCGGAAAGAAAAAAAAAAAAAAAAAAAAAAAAAAGCACUACAUUGUACAUACUGCUGUGGAUGCAAAAACAAACGCUACAAUGACAAGUAUGAAAGCGUUGAAGCGCCAUGGCCCGUAGGUCAACAGCAUCAUAACAGCUAGGCCCAGUUUGUGCCUCUCAUGGAUUAGCAUUAAAGUUGCAUUCAAAUCACAGUGGUAAUCAUCUGUACUCUGAAAAUAAUUGCCCAAAAAACCCACUUAUGUCUGUUCUGAUGGUAUUUCCAGCACCCUCAAAGACUCUUAACCAUCUGGAUGAAAAAUGUUUUGCAUACUGGACGAUAAACGAUUUAUCUCUCUUUUUUUUAAUCAUGCAGCUGGCCGAAUAUUUUUCCAUCCAGAUGGUUAGAAGAGUGUUUGAAGAUUCUGCACAUGCCUUCAGAACAGACAUAAGUGGGUUUUUUAAACAUUGCUGAGUAAUUAUUUCAGAUUGUUAUCACGGUGACUCAAAUGUAACACUAGUGCAUGAGAGGCACACGCUGCAGCUACGUAACAGCAUGCUUUUAAAUCUAUGGGCCAGAAUAUUCCUGAUGUUUACACUCCACAUACGGCAUUGGUGUACAUGUUUAUCCAUAAGUCACUACAGACCUUAAAGUAUCUCAGAAACAAAACACAUUUUCUUCUCUUCAUGUAUUGUACAUAGCAGAUAAUCAUGAGAAAUGGCUUUGGUUUUACACUGCCAGUUUUAUGGGAAUUAGAAGAUUCUUUGAAGUUGUACUGUGGGAUGUGAAUUGGCUCAGAGGGAGCUUUAUGUGUUGUAUGUACACUUGCACACCUGUCUUAUUUUCCAGAGACACACUAAGCAAAGCUUAAAGCGCAAAUUCCAUGAAAUCAAUGAUGCACAUGUGCCUUCUGCAACCUCAGUUGAUAGGAACUUGAUACAAAAAAAAAA